AUGUAUGUUUGUGAGAAAUGUGCGAAUGAGUUUGAAGGAGAUUUUUGGAUAUGUCAGGGAUUCUGCUCGACCAAAGUUUGCAUGCGUUGCUCGGGUAUGACACAAGAACUUCUUUCUGGAUUUAAAAAGAAUCCGCACUGUCUUUGGAUGUGUUACGGGUGCAAGAAAAUUUUAUCGGAUGCACGUUUUUCAAACGCAUUGGUAUCCGUUAAGACGGCCAACGACGAUAUCAUGGAUUCCCUCAAAAAUGCUUUGAAGAACGAAAUUCGUGAAAGCAUCCUCCAGGAAAUUAGAUCCGAGAUCCGAACAAAUUUGUCUCCACUCAAAAACCUUGCAACACCCGUAAACGCUCGUUCCGAAAAUCGAUUGACUGUCCCUCCUGUCAGUGCUAAGCGUCGCAGAAUAGAAGGAUUCCGCAGUAAUACACCCGACCGUCGUCUCACUCCCCGUCUUUGCGCAGUAGGAACGAACUUAACGGAUGUCGAUAUUUCUGCUAAUCAAAAUGGUCCACAAAAUUCAUCCUUAUUUUCGUUGUAUUUAUCCGGAAUUGGGCCUAGAGUACCCGAAGAAAGAGUGAUGGAUAUGGUACGUACUCAUCUAGGUACAAGCGAAAUAGGUUUGACGAAACUUGUUCCGAAGGGAAGGAGUCUGGAUUCGUUAUCGUUUGUAUCCUUCAAAGUUGAGGCACCACUGACAUUGAAAAACAAGGCUCUUUCCACUGAAACAUGGCCUGUCGGUGUUCGAUUUCGAGAGUUCACUGUCGAUCGUAGUACCAAACCGGGGUUUGCAUGGGAGCCGAAACCUAUAACACCAGCAAUGACCGCCAACCCCAUAACACCUUUCGUGACCCCAGUUCAAUCGUAA